GGGACUCUUAGCAGGGAUUUCGGAGUGACUUGUGGCCUCAGCGGGAGCCCUGUGAUCUGGCUCCUCUGAUCUCGCCCUGCAAUGGUGCCUUUGCCUCGGCUGUGCGCGCUCUGGGGCUGCUUGUUGUUGACAGCGGUCCAUCUAGGACAGUGUCUUACGUGCAGUGACAAACAGUACCUCUACAAUGGCCAGUGCUGCGAUUUGUGCCAGCCAGGAAAGAGAGUGAAUAGCCACUGCACAGCUCUUGAGAAGACCCAGUGCGCCCCGUGUGGCUCAGGCGAAUUCUCAGCUCAUUGGAACAUGGAGAUCCGCUGUCACCAGCAUAGACACUGCGAACUCAAUCAAGGGUUUCGGGUUAAGAAGGAGGGAACCGCAGAGUCAGAUACUGUCUGUGCUUGUAAGGAAGGUCAACACUGCACCAGCAAAGAUUGCGAGGCGUGCACUCCGCACACACCCUGUGGCCUUGGCUUUGGAGUUGUGGGGAUGGCCACUGAGACCACUGAUACCAUCUGUCAUCCCUGUCCAGUCGGCUUCUUCUCCAAUCAGUCAUCACUUUUUGAAAAGUGUCAUCCUUGGACAAGCUGUAAGGAUGAGAUGGAGGUCGUACAGGAAGGAACGAAUCAGACUGAUGUCGUCUGCGGUUUCAGGCCCCGGAUGCGAGCCCUGCUGGUCAUUCCCAUCCUGAUGGUCAUCCUCAUCACCAUUUUCACGGUGUUUCUCUAUAUCAAAAAGGUGGUCAAGAAACCAAAGGAUAAUGAGGCCUUACCCCAUGAGGCUCAACGGAAAGAUCCUGUGGAGAUAGAAGAUUAUCCCGGUCACAACACUGCUGCUCCAGUGCAGGAGACACUGCAUGGGUGUCAGCCUGUUGCCCAGGAGGAUGGCAAGGAAAGUCGCAUCUCAGUGCAGGAGCGGCAGGUGACAGGCAGCAUCGCCUUGAGGCCCCUUGUCUGAGCCCUGGAACUGCUUUGGAAGUGAUGGCUUGGGAGCAGGGGCCUGGCUCUGAGGACUGCUGACAUUUGAAGUUUGAGAGGAGCCAAGACAGCCCAGUGCAGCUAACUCUCAUGCCUGCCCCCCUGUCAUCUCUUGACUUGCUCUUUCAAGAUGGAGGAAAAGCUCGGGCAUCGGGGGUGGGGGUCCACAGUAAUAUCUACAGAGUGCAGCAGUGUAGGACCCAGAGAUGUCUUGCUGAGGCUUUCACUGUAAGGGCUCGUGGACACAGGAGUCCAUGGUUCGUGGCUUGUGAUGCUAGAAGGCACCUGAUUGCCCAUCAGCAGGGACUGGCUAAAUAAAUCUGGAAUUAUUUAUCCA